AACCUGGAGAAAUGUUCAGCUGAGCCUGACUUUCCUCAUCUGAUUCAAAAGAAGAUAGCUUCGACCAUCUCAGAUUCAGCAACAAUGAGAUGUGCAGUUGUAACUGGAGCAAAUAAAGGAAUUGGACUAGAGAUAUGCAGACAGUUAGCUUCUAAUGGAGUCAUGGUGGUAUUAACAGCUAGAGAUGAGAAGAGGGGUCUUGAAGCUGUGGCAAAGCUUCAUGAAUCUAGCCUGUCUAAUGUAGUUUUUCAUCGGCUUGAUGUGAUGGAUGCCAAGAGUAUCACUACCUUGGCAAAAUUCAUUGUAACCCAUUAUGGGAAGCUUGAUAUUUUAGUGAAUAAUGCAGGGGUUAAUGGAGCCAUUGUCGACUCGGAAGCACUUAAGACCUUAAACCUUGGGGACAGUAAGGUAUGUAAUUACAUGCUCUUGAAAAAUCAUAACUAGGAAGUCUAAGCUCAUUUUCAAUGUCUAUCAACCAUAUAUUGAGAUGAAUAAUUUU